AUGGCUAAGGCUGCUACCACCAAAAAGGCUGCUAAGAAAGACUUGAAGAAGCAGAAAAAAGCUGCUACCCCAGUCACCAGCUCUUCUUCCAGUGAAGAUUCCAGCUCCUCUUCUUCCUCAGAAAGCUCUUCUGAUUCUGAGGCUGAAUCCAACUCCACUUCCUCUUCUUCUGAGGCCGAAUCCAACUCUAGCUCUUCUUCGGAAGAUGAAUCCUCUUCAGACGACGAAUCCUCUGAUUCUUCAUCUUCCGACUCAGAAAGUGAAUCUGAGAAGCCAAACAAGAAAACUAAGAGUUCAUCUGAAGAUGAAGACUCUUCCUCUAAAAGCGACUCUUCUGACAGUGAGCAAUCAGACUCAGAAUCUGAAAGCGAUUCUGAAGAAAAGGCCAAGAACGAUGAAACAUCAUCUUCUUCGUCAUCUGAUGACGAUUCGUCCGACGACUCCUCAGAUGAAUCCUCUUCAUCCUCAUCCGAAGACGCUGCUACUGGAGUAAUGAAGACUGACGAAGAAGAAGAAGAAGAAGAAGAAGAAGGUUCGAAGAAACGUAAAUCCACUGAUUCAGCUAACUUGGACAGAUCUAAAGAUGAAAAAUCCCAAAAGAAGCACAAAAAGGACUCUCCAACUGAACCUGCCACCAUUUUUGUCGGCAGGUUAUCUUGGUCCAUCGAUGAUGAAUGGUUGAAGACCGAAUUCGAACACAUUGGCGGUGUGAUUAGCGCUAGGGUCAUCUACGAAAGAGGUACAGAGAGAUCCCGUGGAUACGGCUAUGUCGACUUUGAGGAUAAAUCAUAUGCCGAAAAGGCCAUUAAGGAAAUGCAAGGUAAGGAAAUCGAUGGUAGACCAAUUAACGUCGACAUGUCCACCUCUAAACCUGCUUCCAACCCAAAAGAAGACCGUGCUAAAAAAUUCGGCGACGUGCCAUCUCAGCCAUCCGAUACUUUGUUCUUAGGUAACCUGUCCUUUAACGCGGACCGUGAUAACAUCUUUGAGCUUUUUAAAGACUAUGGUAGUAUCAUCAGUGUUAGAAUCCCGACGCAUCCAGAGACCAACCAACCAAAAGGUUUCGGUUAUGUCCAAUAUGCGUCUAUCGAGGAAGCCCAGAAAGCAUUGGACAAACUUCAAGGUGAGUACAUUGACAACAGACCCGUUAGAUUAGACUUCUCCUCUCCAAGACCACCCCAAAGUGGAAAUGGCGGCAACUCUGGAUUCAGAGGUGGCAGAGGCGGUGCCCGCUUCACCCCAAGAGGUGGCCCUACUGCAAGAACUGGUUCCGGCGCAAACAGCGCCCCGCUAGGUAAGGGAAGACAAAGCGCUGCAUUCCAAGGUACCAAGAAGACUUUUGAUUAA